AUGCACAAGUGGUUAUUGAUAAAAUUGCUCGCCAAGGCUCUCUAUGACAACAUGGCGGAGUGUCCAGACGAGCUGGCUUUCCGCAAGGGCGACAUCGUCACGGUGAUGGACUUGAACGUGCCCGGCAGUCACGGCUGGUGGAAGUGCUCGUUGCACGGGCGCCAGGGCUUGGCCCCUGCCAACCGCCUGCACCUCCUCAACCUGUUGCAGGUGGAAGUUCAGAACCCCUAUCAGGUCCCCAGCAUGUGCCGACCAUCCCCGAGCCAAACCUACGAACCAAUGGACCGGAACUACAAAGUUCCCUUCGCGCACCAGUUGGCCUCCAGGGGUCUGGGCCCCUCGCCGAAGAGCCAGAGCUCACAAGGCCUGGAAAUGCCCAUUUCCUCCUACAAGAUGGAUGGACGAGGGGGGUCCAAGGCAGAGCACUACGACGUCCCGCCGCAGACGAGGCGGGUGUCGCACGGCGCAGGGAGCCACAAGCUACCGGGUAUAUCCAUGACCCAGACAGCAUCGCCGGUCCAGUCAUCAGAGCUGCAGGGCAGAGCCGGCCGGACGACGGAUGCCACGUACAGCGGCAGGCUGCAGAACAAUGACCCCAGCUAUGACAUCCCCAUGUCUUUGGUCACGGACGCUGAGCACAAACCGGCCUGCGGCGGUUCCAGCACCCUCCCCAGCCCACGCAAGUCCGAGUGGAUCUACGACGUUCCCGUGUCUCCGGAGAAGCCCGCGGGGGAUCAGGGCAGCUACGGCACCAUGCCGGUUAAGGGUCCGGCGAGGCCGCUCUAUGACACCCCCCCCCGAGCCUGGCCGGCGCUACCGCUGUACGAUGUCCCCAAGCCGAGCACCUCGCCAAAACAGUCCCUGGACAAAGAGGGCCCCCCGUGCGUGAUUCCCCAGGUUGGAGUGUAUGACAUUUUGCCGAGCAGCCGAAGUCUGGGCACCCCCGCCUGUGCCGUUCCUCCCUUCGCGCAGGAAAAGCCCCGCUACGAGGGCACGGGCAGCUCGCAGAGGCGGCGAGUGCCCCUACCCCCCGUGCAGAAGCCUCGGGGCAAGACGGACUCGGUCCCGGCCCCCACGCUUGCCCCCGGUGGGCCGGAGCAGGCGAACGACGUGAAGGCAGAGCGGCAAGGCAGCCCCCUCGCCCGCUCCCGCAGCUCGUCCCCGGAGCCGACGCGCGAGGUCACGCUGAGCCCCGAGGAGGCGAGCCGGCAGCUGUCCGGCCUGCAGGAGGCCGUGUGCCAGGCAGUUCCCAGACUCAUGGUGUUCGUGAGCAGCCGCUGGAGGUGCAGGGAGCACCUGGCUCGGCACGUGGACGAGAUCCGCGCCGCGGCCGAGGACGUCGCCGACGCGACGGCCCGCUUCCUGCGCUUCGCCUCGGAUGUGCGGGGCAACGCCCGGCGCCUGACCGACGCCAACCUGCAGGCGCGGCUGCAGCGCCAGCUGUCCAUCCUCGAGGACUCGGGACUCAUCCUGCAGCAGGCCGUGGAGUCGCUCUCCGCCAGCGGCUGGUACCUUGACGCCCUCGCCCAGGACGUGCCGCCGCCGACGCCGGACCAACUGGACCGCUUCGUCAUGGUGGCGCGCACCGUCCCCGAGGACAUCCGCCGCCUCGUGUCCAUCCUCAAUGCCAACAGCAAGCUGCUCUUCAAACAGACCCCAAAGGAGCCCGACCCACCUGGCGGCAGCAGCCAAACGGACACAGGAAGCGACCGGCAGGGCGACCAGCAGAUCGGCGACUCUGGAGGAGAAGACAGCGAUUACGUGCAUUUGCAGACAAAGACGGAGUUCGAGAAGCAGCAGCGGAUGGAGGAGGAAAGCAAGAAGUCGAAGCAGAUGGUGGCAAAGACACCGCUGCAGACCUUGUCGGAGCACUGCCGUCUCUACUUCGGCGCCCUCCAGAGGGCCAUCAGCGCCUUCGCGAGCAGCUUGCUGGAGGGCCAGCCCCCUGACUCCUUCAUCGACCGUGGCAAGCUGGUCAUCAUGGUGGGCCAGAAGCUGGUGGACACUCUGCGGCGUGAGGCGCCCGGGAACCCCGCCGCCAACCAGGACCUGCUGUGUAAAAGCACCCACCUGUGCGCCCUGCUCAAGAACCUGGCCCUGGCCACCAAGGAUGCGGCGCUGCAGUUCCCCAACAGCGCCGCCCUGCAGGCCGCCCUGGAGGUGGCCAGAGAUCUGGCCCAGCAUGCGCAGCUCUACCGGGCGUCAAUGGACCACAGCCUCAGCAGCACAGACUGAGUCCCGCUCGACAACCUUGCGUCUCCCCUCGCUGCCAGACCAGCGACCGUUCAGCCCGCCGAUCCCGGUCUACCCUCUGUCACAACCCAGUUUUUUUCUUUGUUUUUUUUUAGUGAUUUUGUAUUUUAUAUUUAUGUACUGUAUAUUGACAGGUAGUGCAAAAUUACCCUUCUGCUUUUCCCACUCAUUUUAGCCUAGAGGAGAUGAGCGCUUCAACCCUGGGGUGGUCUUACCGUCAACUUUGACCCGUUUACAGAAGUCCGGAUCAUAAAUCAUGAACUUGGUUUCUCUCGCCUGAUUGCCGUACGGCUUCAUGACACCCUCCGCACCAGGCAUCUGAACUCAUGCAAUUAACGACCACACGUUUCACUGAAUUUUAUCAGUUUUAUUCACAUUUUGUACGUUUUGUGCGUGCGGUCACAUCUGGACAUACGAAAGGGUGGGCGAAUGGGUGAGACUGUAAUAAAUAGCAUACUAUAAAA